GGAACGAACGCUUCUAGAGUUUUCUUAGUCUCACUGAGGUCUACCUGUAGCCAAAAGAUGAAGCCGAAAGCUCGGAAUCAGUUGGAUAUGUUCCCUCGUAAGUCAUAUUAUAAGAGUCUUGAAAGAUCUUACUGCCUUGUAACAUAUGACUGUAAGAUCAUAGGAAAUCUUAUUCGAAAGAAAAAUAUUUCAAAAAUCUUAUGGCACAAAUCAAUGUGAGAUUUCUAAGACCAGAAUCUUUUUUACGAUUUCCUCUGGUGUUACAAGAUCUUAUGUCAGAUUUUUCGACCUGAGUAGUGAUCCAGAGUGAUUUAGUACUUUUUUGUUUGAAAAUAAUUUAUACAAUAUGUAAUAAGAGCUAGACACGAAUCACCUAAACAUAUAUCGUUGUUGAUCUCAGAUGGAAACAUUGCGGUCUUCACAGUGCAAGUGUGCAAACUGGAUGCUUCGAUUUAAAAGAGCAUGACUCAUAAUGAGUUUAGCUACGGGAGUAGUUUAAAGCUCUGGCUAAAUGCUCGAUACGAAAUGUAUACAAUCAAGAGAGUACCAUGGAAGUCAAGUCUCUCAUUUGUCUCGAAGAAGUGACUCUUUUGAACAAUGCCAACACUAAGAUCUUAACUCUUCUAUGCUGAUUUAAGCUGUAAAAAAGUGUGCAACUUUCUCCUGAAGGGUUUUUUAUUCAAACUUAUUUGGUUCUUGAAAAUUCUUUGAGGUCUCUUUGCUUGACAUUAUGAAGAAGCAAUAAUAAAAUUUUAUUAAUCCCAUCAUUUUCUCCUUUUUGUCGUAUGUUUAGACAUCAUCAUAUUUAACACAAAGUCAGGACAAUUCUUUUUCAUCUCUCGAUGAUUCAUUACCUUGUCCUCGUCCUGGUAUUAUUAAUGAACGUAUUUCAUCAUCACCUACUGAUGCCGUAAUGAUGAAAAAGAAACACAUUUUACAAUCAUCUUCAAAUUAUAAUUUUCGUCAAAUUGGUAAGCGUUCUUUCUGGUAA